CGGGUGAUACAGUCAAGAUGCCUGUUGUUGACGUGCACACGCAGUAUGUCAGAAAUUAUAGUAAUUGCAGUAAUACACUGACUCCUGCCGGCAACCAGCAUGUAUCCGCCGAAGUACAUGGAACUACUUCGGUCGCGAAAUAAAGUACCAUACGUGAAGACUUUCUCCCAAGAUCCUGCCGCAGGCGAACGCCUCGUCAUUCUGCCAGCCGAGGAGACAACGUCAACCAGUAAAGGUCGACCAAUUGGUCGGGAGUACUGGGACGUCAAUGAGAAGCUCAAGUUCAUGCAGGUGUAAGCAAGAAGAUCACUCAAACCCGCGACGAACAGGUACUGUCCUGGUGGCAUUCAUGCUCAUUGCAUCUAGGCACGGCAUCGACAAGUCCGUCCUGUCACUGGCAAAUCCUUGGCUGGAUUUCCUUCCAUCCGACACAGCAGCAGAGACGGCCCGUCAGAUCAACGACGACGUCGAGCGAAUGUGCGCGGAGCACGAAGGCAAAUUGUACGCUUUCGGAACACUACCGCUGUCAGCACCAGCGCGCGAAGUCGUGCAGGAGGUAGAGCGUCUAGCAUCUUUACCACACCAUCGUGGUAUUGUGAUGGGUACUUCCGGACUCGGUACGGGCGUCGACGACCCGGCGUUGGAUCCAAUCUAUGCAGCCUUGGAGAAACACGAACAGGUCAUCUUCCUGCACCCGCAUUACGGUCUGCCGACAUCCGUCUACGGCGAGAGGGCGAGUGAUUAUGGCCAUGUGCUGCCGUUGGCUCUGGGCUUCCCCAUGGAGACGACCAUAGCUGUUGCACGCAUGCUGCUGUCUGGAGUAUUCGAUCGCUUUCCCAAGCUCAGCAUCCUCAUUGCUCAUAGUGGCGGCACGCUUCCCUUUCUCGCCGGUAGGAUUGAGAGCUGCAUCGCGCAUGAUGCGCAUCUGAAGAAGCUCGGCCGAAUUGAGAGUCGAAGAAAUGUUUGGGAUGUGCUGAAAAACAAUGUCUACCUUGACGCCGUCAUAUACGCGGAUGUUGGGUUGAAGGCAGCAAUCGACGCUUCUGGCGCUGAUAGACUGAUGUUCGGUAUGUGUACUCCGUGUGCGCAGACUCAAUGUUGCUCAACAACUUACAUUGGUAGGCACGGAUCACCCUUUCUUCCCUCCCUUAAAUGGAAGCGAGGACGAAUGGCUAAGCGUCAAGCUGAACUCGCAAGCUGUUGAAGCCGUCUUUCGGG